AUGGCAGCGUGUCUGAAGCAUACCCGCAAGGUCUGGGCCGAGUCCCUCGCACAGCGUCGCUUUGACACGACGGCGCUUUCCACUCUCGUUGACACCGUGACGUGGCUCGCGAUGAAUUCGGUGGGCGACCCACCGCCCUGGGGCGCGAGCUGUAACAUUUCGUGCGAGUUUGUCAAGCCGGCCGGCGUAGAGGGCGACUCACUUGACGGCGUCGGGGAAGUGAUUCAGCUUGGACGCCGCUUGGUCUUUAUGCGCAUCAAUUUCUACCUCAACGACAAGCUUGUGGGCUACGGCUCGCACACAAUGGUGGGCGGACACGACCUCAAGGUCCGCUUCACCGAGGACGGGGAGCGUGAGCUCACAGCGGCCGAGAUGGCGGCGGGUAAAAGGAAAGCGGACGAGGCCAGAGCCAAGCUUUGA